AUGCCACCCAACACAACCUACCUCGUCACCGGCGCAAAUCGCGGAAUCGGCCACGCCCUCGCCGCCGCCCUCCUCCUCCGUCCACAUACAACUGUAAUCGGGACCCUUCGUCCCUCUGCCUCUGCCUCCUCUCUUCAAGCCCUCUCUACCGCCGAAGGUAGCACCCUCAUUAUCACCCCUCUCGAAAUCUCCGCCUCCUCCGCUUCCGCCAUCGAGUCGGCAACCCAAUCCCUCCACGACCACCUCCUCACCCAAGGAGUCAGCAGCAUCGACGUCCUCAUCGCCUCCGCCGGCCUAGGAACCGCUUUCCACGCCACCAAAGAUACAGCGCUGGAGGACGUGACGGCCCAUUUCCACAUCAACACCCUCGGCCCCCUCUCCCUCUACCAAUCCCUCCGUCCACUACUCCUCGCAAGCACGCAAAAGAAAUUCAUCGUCAUCAGCAGUAGUCUCGGUAGUAUCCAGGACAUGGAAGACGCUGCGCCGACGCUGGCGUAUGGGGUGAGUAAGGCGGGUGUGAAUUAUGUGGUGCGGAAGGUGCAUUUUGAGGAGGAUGAGGUUGUGGGGUUGGCUGUUCAUCCUGGAUGGGUGAAGACGGAGAAUGGACAGAAUUUUGCGGAUAGUAUUGGGUAUGAGACGCCGCCUAUGGGUUUGGGGGAGAGUGUUGAGGGGGUUUUGAGGCAGAUUGAUGGGGCGACUAAGGAGACGAGCUCUGGGACUUUUGUUAGUUAUGAUGGGUCUAAGAUUGCGUGGUGA